GCCUCCUCCGAAGAUGGCGGCCCGCACGAGCCCCUCAUGCUAGGCGCGCGCCGCAGCCCCAGCCCGCCGCCCGCGCCUCCAGGGCCCGCGGAGAGCUGCUUCCCCCGCCGCCUCAGCCGCCGCCUCGCUCCCCUCAGCCGCCUCAGCAGCAGCAGCGGAGCGCCGCGCAAGGUCGCUGAAAAGUGCCUUCCUUGAAACUGGCAUCGCUACAGCUGCUUCGACCCUCAACUUGGGCUUUCCCUCACCUGCACUCCGAAGGGGAUCGAGAGCGCCCACAACCCACAGCCGCCUUCCAGCCCUUCCACCUGCCCCCUUCUUUGGAAAGAAGUCCCCCUCCGUCGCUGCUCGGUGCGUGUGGGGCAUCUCGGCCAGCCGUUCACCCGCCAUCACUUGUCUUUUCCCAUUUGGUUCGCUCGGUCAUCUUUGUGCCCCCUUCUUCCCAACUAUGUAACAAAUUCAAUCCUGUACAAAAAAGAAAACAAGAAAGACAAAAACACAAAAGGAAGGAAAUAGAGAAAAAGAAAAAGAAAAUUUUCUUCCACCGGUGGUAUUAACGCUUGCAGCUUUUGCAAAUGUUUCAGGCAGAGGAUGAAAGGAUAGAAACUUGCUAAAGGUUUCUUUUCCGCCAAGAAACAAAACCAUUCCCUUCAGGCUGUACCCUUGCAGCUGCGUUUUCUUGGACUGAUCUGGUUUUGUGUGAGGUUAGUGGAAACCCAGAACUUGAGAGCACAGAAACCUGUGAGGACGCAAGUAACAGAGGAAUGCGAGUUGUUUUGAAAUAAUUUUGGCAGUGGCACAAAACAUUACAUAUAUAUAUAAAAACAUAUAUAAAUAUAUAACAUUUCUAUUUUAACUUUGACAAUUGCACUUUUAGGAGCUGGCCUCUAAUUUGAUUUUUUUAGUUAAUUCUGAUGAGAUUUCUAUUUUAUGAUUGGCUAAAAGUUUAACCUUUUCUUUUCGACAAGCAUAAUUUGAGUUCGAUGAAACCUAAGUGCUGACGAAUAGAAAUUUUACCAAAGCAACAAAGUUAUUUCUUCACAUUUUUAACUUGAAUUUCCUUUUGAUAAAAGAAAUCCCCCCCGACACACACACACACACACACACAUACACACAUACAUUUUCCCUUUCUUCAAAAGAAAUCAUUAGUAUUCACCCGAAGAACGUCGUGUUCCUCUUUUCCUCUCCUUUUUACCCCCUUUUGGGGGCAGUUUUUUAAAUAUGGCGCUGAACGUUUCCUUGGUCCGUGACACAAAAUGGCUGACGCUGGAAGUCUGUCGGGAGUUCCAGCGAGGAACCUGCUCUCGUUCUGACACAGAGUGCAAGUUUGCCCACCCUUCCCGGAGCUGCCACGUGGAAAACGGACGCGUCAUCGCCUGCUUUGAUUCCCUGAAGGGUCGGUGCACUCGAGAAAACUGCAAAUACCUUCACCCUCCACCACACUUAAAAACACAACUUGAAAUCAACGGGCGCAACAACCUGAUCCAGCAAAAGACAGCCGCUGCCAUGUUUGCACAGCAAAUGCAGUUCAUGGUCCCUGGAGCUCAGCUGCAGCCGAUCACCACGUUUCCUGUGACUCCUUCGCUUGCAACCAACCCCACCAUGGCGUUCAGCCCCUACUUAAGCCACGUUUCUCCAGGGAUGGGCUUGGUGCCUGCAGAGCUCUUACCAAACACACCUGUUCUGGUGUCCAGCAACCCUGCGGUUUCAGUACCCGGUGGCUCCACAGGGCAGAAACUCAUGAGGACAGAUAAAUUAGAGGUGUGCCGAGAGUUUCAGCGUGGAAAUUGCACACGGGGCGAGAAUGACUGCCGCUACGCUCACCCGAUCGAUAUUGCCAUGAUUGACACGAACGAGAACACGGUCACGGUGUGCAUGGAUUACAUCAAAGGCCGGUGCUCCAGGGAGAAAUGCAAGUACUUUCACCCCCCUGCGCAUUUGCAAGCUAAAAUCAAGGCAGCUCAGCACCAGGUGAAUCAGACCGCUGCAGCCGCAAUGACUCAGCCAGCUCUCCGAUCACAGAAGCGACCCCUGGAGGCAAACUUUGACCUGGCAUUGCCACCUGGUGCCCUUCAACCUUUACCAAAGAGGCCAGCACUUGAAAAAAACAACGGUGCCACCACAGUCUUCAGCCCAAGCAUGUUUCACUACCAGCAGGCCCUUGCCAACAUGCAGUUGCAACAGCCUGCCUUUAUCCCAACAGGGUCUGUGCUGUGCAUGGCACCCGCAGCAAAUGUUGUUCCCAUGAUGCACGGUGCUACGCCCACCACUGUUUCUGCAACAACUACACCCGCCACCAGCGUUCCUUUUGCUGCAACUGCAACAGCCAAUCAGAUCUCCCAGUUAUCGGUCGAUGAGCUGAACAGCAGCAUGUUUGUGUCACAGAUGUAGAAGCCACACAACAGUCCUGUUGGCAACCUGGAAGCAGAAACGGUGGCACCCCAGUGCGUCUUCUUUCCUUCUCCUCUCCUGGUGGGAAGCUGAAGUGGGCUCUCUGUGCUUUCUGCCCCCUUUUCCGUCUCUCCCUCCGGCAUCGACAGUAAGCCUACGGCAAACAUCCAUGUUAACCAAAAACUGAUCUGUGGGAAUGUCAAAACAAUUUUUUUUAAAAAGCACUAUAUAUAUAUAUAUAUAUAUAAAAAUGAUUAAGAAAACAGUGCUCUGUUAUAUGAGACAUAGAAGUAGAGAACUAUAAAAUAGACUUUUAUAACACCUUACUUUAACACACUUUUUUAAAAGUGGGGUUUUAUUUUUUCCUGUCUACCAUCAAGACAAAGUGCUCUUGCACAGUGGACUUAACUAGGUUAAUUGUUCUAUUGUCAAUGGAUAAAUGUUUGUCUGUUUUUCAAAGUGUUAUCUUAAUGUUUUGUUUACAUCCUAGUCUAUAUUGACUUUAUUUGGAGAGACAAAAAGUUGUACAUCAUUAUCAAGUAUAUUCCACACCAUUUUUUUUUCACGAUCGUGAUAACCUUACAUUUUCAUAGAUGACCAUUGUUAUCAAUUUCCCUUCCCCUCCCCCUUUUUUAAACAUUAUGCUAUAAAGGUUGCAAUGGGAAACAGGAAGGCCUUGCUUUAAAAAAAAAAACGGAAAAUCUGAAGAUAUUCAGACAGGUUGCAGAUGGUUUCCGAUCAAUUUCUGAUUAGGUUGAUUUCUAAACAUUGCAAAUAAUGCAAAAAAGAAAAAGAAAAACCACUUGUCCGGAAACAGACCAGAAAGUAAAAAUGGACCAGGGACUAAAUGCUGAAGAAUUUUCACUGGAGGGCAGAAAGUAUUGGCCAGAGAAAAAAAAAUCCGUUUUCAGUUACAAUUUCUUACAGUACAUGGCCCUCAACUUCCUAAUACUUUAGUGACCAGGUUUUAAAGAAAUCAUGUUGAAGAAGAUUGAUUAUUUUUAUUAAACAAAAAAAUAAUGGGGCUUUUUCAGAAUCAAAGUUAAUCUGUAAUACAUACAGAACAAAAAGAGAAACAGGCGUAACCCAAGAUACGGGGUUAUCUUAAAUCAGAUAAGUAGCACCAAGCAGAUGCCUCAGUUCUCCAUUCGCUACUUCUCUUGCCAAUAAUAACGUUAAUUAAUUAAAGGGCACUUAGAAAACCUACGCAUGGACAGCAUUUCCAUCUGUCAGUUGCACAAGGCUGCCCUGCUUGGAACCGCUUGUGUAUUGCACCAAUACGUUACAACCUCCCAAGUCCUUGGGAAGAUCUGGAUGGGUAUGAAGGCCAACCCCAGCUAAAGAGCUGGCAGCUGUGAUUUCACAUCGCUGUGUAUGUAAUAGUCAUGAAUUUCCUUGCCUCCAAUCAUGUAGAGAAACAAAACAAGUCUUAACAGCUUUCCCAGAAAUGUUCAUUUUAUUUUUCAAAUAGGUUAACACUUUCCUGUCCGUAAGCCACUGAUUUUAAAAAUUUAGGAUUUAGGAUCUGGAGGUAAUUCUAGACGCAUUUCCCCUCAGAGCUCGUUCGUUUUAAUUCGGUGAAUUUGGCAUCCCCAUACAAAUGGCUGGGUGAAGAACCAGCUGGUGCUCAGUUCUGAAACAUGAGAGUCUUUGGUCAUUUUUACUUUCGGGGGUCAACCACGGGUAUCCAACCUUGGCAAUGUUAAGACCGAUGGGCUUCAGUUCCCAGGAUUCCCCAGCUCUCCCAGGCUGGGGAACUCUGGGAGUUGAGGUCCUCAGGUCUUAACGUUGCCAAGGUUGGACACCCCUGAUGUAAGUUGAAAUGCCUUUCCACAAUUGGAACCCCAUAAAAUCCCGAAACAAGGAGAGCCUAUCUUGAAGGACACCCCUGAUUGAUGGGAACAUGGAAAUCGGCCUCCGGAGAACUAAGCCCUCUGGUGCUACUUUGAAGGCUUACCAAAAUAUUCAUCCAGCCCCUUAAAUUUGGCAUCCUGGCCUGUCUGAAUGGCCUUCAGGUCCUGGUUGCAGACUUCCUGUUUCCUGGCUUCGUAACCGAGUUAAUGGAGAAAAACAGGAUUUGAAUACUCCUUAGGCGCAGAUAGUUAUAUAUUUUAAAGAUGGUGGCGGCAGCUGUGGCGAUGAUGAUGAUGAUGAUGAUGAUGAUAUGGGAUUUGCACAACCUGUGGCAGUGCCUCUACAGAGAACAUCCCUGAUCUCUAGUUGGAAAGAUGAUUAGACACACGCACACACUCACGCAUUUGUGUACACACGCCAGUGUCAGCUUUACACUCUUCAAGCAAGGAGGCGGCGCAUCCGUUUUUCAGUGCGACGUAGGCGGAGAUUUGUGUAAUCUUGUCACUUUGAUGUAAUUCUCUCCGGUUUUCUCUGAAUGAUAAUGUUGAGAAGCAAAUAAUAAUAAUAAUAAUGAUAAUAAUAGAAUUUUUGCGUAGAUGUGCACAGAAUGUAAGCAUAACACAUUUCCACAGUAUUCAGUUUCACAGCUUUUAAAAGUGCUCAGGGGUGCAAUCUCUUUGCCUUUCUUUUUCUUUUUUCCUCUUUUUUUUUGGGCAAAACGUAGAAGCCAAAAAAAAAAAAAAGUGAGGGGGGGGGAAGUAGGAAAGCUUAACUCCUUGGCUGUCUUUAUCAAAGUGUCCUGUAACCUGUUGAAAAACGUUGCACCUCCUGCGGCCGACAUUGAAACCAAUCAUACGACCACACACAUAGCACAUUUCACAUCCACACGCACACAUGCACACACACACACACACACACUUUAUAUGGAGAUCCAGUGAUAGGUGUGUCAGGGUAACUUUUCUAGGUGCCACGAGAAUUUUUUUUCUUGUUUUUUAAUAUCAACUUUUUGCAAAUUUAGUGUUUGUUUGUAAGAGAGAGGGGGGGAAGUUUUGAGGAAGGAAAAAAAAAAAAGCAAAGCUUGAAGCUUUGGAAACUUCACCAAAUUUCAACCCGAGGGUGGGAAUAGAAAUGCCAUUUGUGAGGGUAGCACUAUUAAAAGAUUGUUUGUGCAAUGACUUCUUUAUUCAAGAAAGAAAGAAAAAGAAAAAAACACAGUCGGCAGACUAUAAAUUCCUUAGGAGCUGCAUUCUGUCUACAAAGUCGCUGAGCUAUUUGGUGACUCUAAAAUCAAAUCUCCCGAACCCGGAUUCAGGUGUGAACUUGAUUCCAGAGAUUUUCUAUAAAGAUUGUUCAAAUCUGUGUGUGAGUUUUAACGACUUAUUUUUUAAAAAAACUGGCACAGGUGGAUCCAAGCCUGUAUGCUCCUUUUUUUCUUUUCUUUUUAGUUUAUCCAAAGUUCUUUCUCUCAAAAGUAUGCGUGUGGUUAUCGAUUGGUGUACGUGUGCCCAUUUUCUCUCAGCCUUAUGCAAAUAAUAUGCAAGAAAUGCAGAAACUUGAAUAAAACGGGUCAUUGCAGAGGGAAAACGGAAAAAGCUGAUUGGUCGUUUUUGAGGGGGGAAAGUUGUUAGCCAUUCCAUUAAAGAAAAAUAAAAAUAAAAAAAGAACAUGUGUUCCUAAACCUUGAACAUAAUAUGCACAAAAACAGAGAGGGUUUUAGAAGUCGGUGGAUCUGUAAAAAUUACGAUUCUUAUCUUAAAAAUACAGUGAUCUGAUGGAUUAGAUUAUUUUUUCAUAACCCUGUUCGGUUUGGUUUGGUUUUUGGUUUUUUUAACAAAAAUCGUUUAGCAUAAAGGGAUUUUUUUUUUGUAAAGUGAUGUAAUUUUUGCAAUACUGUGUGAAAUCCUCUCCCCAGCCCCCCCCCCCAUCCGUUCCCAGAGCCAGCCCACCCCCUGGAUAGCCUUCUGCCCUUGGCGAAAGUCUUGCUAAGAGACCUUCAGUCUUGGCCUGGCCAAGAUGGGUGCAGAUUCCUCCCAGCCUCUUGUUUUUGAGUCUUGCUAGUUAGCCUGCCUUAAAUCCUGGGAAAGCCAGUGAAGAGAUUUGUUAAGUGAGCCAAGAAAUGAGAUUCAUUUGGUUUUGCUUAGAAGUGGAAUGAAUGAGCUGGAAGGGACCUUGGAGGCCUUCUAGUCCAGCCCGCUGCUCAAGCAGGAGAACCUGUACCAUUUCAGACAGGUGACUGUCUAGGCUCUUCCUAAAAACCUCCAGUGACGGAGCGCCUGCGAUUAUUUUCCUUUCCAUUCCUUCCUCAUACAGACAGUCCUUGACUUACGACCAUGAUUGGGGCUAAGCGAGACAUUCGUUAAGUGAGUUUUGCCCCAUUUUACAACCUACCUUGCCACAGUCAUUAAGUUAGUCACACGGUUGUUAAGUGAAUCUGGCUUCCCCAUUGACUUUGCUUAUCAGAAGGUUGCAAAAGGGGAUCGUGCGACCCCCAAGCGUCUGAAUUUUGAUCACGUGACCACGGGGCGCAAGCAGUGGUGGGAUUCAGCCAGUUCGCAGCACUUGGGGGGAACAACGGUUGUGAACUUUCUGAGCAGUUUGGCAAACUGGUUGUUGGAAGUAAUCAUUAGGGCAGAGAACCGGCUGCUAAAUUACUUGAAUCCCACCACUGGACGUAAGCAUGAAAAGCGGUCGUGAGUCACUUUUUUCAGCGCCUUGUAACUGCGAACAGUCGCUAAAUGAACGGUUGUAAGUCAAGGACUUCCUGUAUACUAUCAGCAGAGGAGGAGUUGGGAACUCCACUUCUGAAUCUUCAACCAGGUUGAAGUACCGUCUGGAGUAAGAUGGGGGGGGGGAAUGCAUUUUUUCCCUUUCCUUAUUUUUGCUUGUAAGCCUCCUAGAGUCAAUGUAGCGAGGAGGAGGAGGAGGAGGAGGAGGAGGAGGAGGCCCUAUAAAUUUCCGAAAUAAAUUCCCAAAUAAACCUGGCGGCUUCCUCCCAAAUCUCUGAACUCAGGACAGCUGGUUGGAAUUUCUUUUUUUUUUUUUUUAUAUUCCUCCACAGCACUUCUUGCACCAGGAGUGCGGCAGGCUGACUUCUCAGCAGCAUUUACUUGGAGAGUAAACAGCUGUUGUCUUGAGCAAGAUAUUUGAGCCAUGAUGUUUUUCUCGUAGAGUUAGGAAAGGGUGAAAAGUACAUCGGAGCUAGUGAUUGCAGGGUGGGAAGAAAACCUUAGAAAUUAGGUUUAUUCCCACUUUUUUAAGGGGGUUUGCAGAGAAGCCACACCUAUGCGAAGGGUGGGGAUUGUGGUGCGAUCCUGUGCAUCUUGUUCCAAAAGAAAUCUCUGCCUUUCACUGGGUGCGCUCUGGUCUCCAAGUUAUAAGGCUGCAGACAUGCAACCCUGGCUUGUCAGAGUGACCCUUUUUACACACUAGCUCAGGGGUCUCCAAACUUGGUAGCUUUUAAGACUUGUGGACUUUAAUUCCCAGCUGGCUGGGAAAUUCUGGGAGUUUGAAGUUCACAAGCCUUAAAGUUGCCAAGUUUGGAGAACCCUGUACUAGAUAGAUAGAUAGAUAGAUAGAUAGAUAGAUAGAUAGAUAGAUAGAUAGAUAGAUAGAUAGAUAGAUAGAUAGAUAGAUAGAUAGAUAGAUAGAUAGAUAGAUAGAUAGAUAGAUAGAUAGAUAAACAGAGUGAUAUAUGUUAAAUAUUGGAGGUCUCACCAAUGGGCAAAAGGCAGGCUGGCCUCCUGUUGAUCUCAACCAAUUACUUAAUAGGAUGAGUUAAUACCCAAAGUUUUAAAAACUGGAGUUUCUCCCACCCCCCUUUUUUUUUUAAAUCCGUAAUACAUUUCACUGACAACUAAAAAAAAAAGUGAAAUAUAUGAGGAAAAGUCUUAAAAUUCCCCCUUCCUCCUGAAAGGAUGUACCGAAAUUAUUUUUACCACGUUGCCUGAUCAGGCCUUAGAAUAUAUUGUAUGUUUAAGACUGUAGUAAUUUUUUUAAGGAAAAGAUACCUAUUAUUAGUUGAUAGCCUAAAAAUAAUUGUAAAUAGAAUUUAAAAGACGUUGUUAAUAGGCUACAACAAGUUAAUUCAUGUUGCAUUACUUUCCAUUUAUUUUAUUGUUUGUUUUAACAGAUUUUAUUAUUGCUUUCAUAUAUAUAUUUAUAUAUGCACACAUAUGUGCAUGUAUACAUAUAUAAAUAUAUAAUCUUUAGUAACUAAUGAAUUUAAUUUUUGAAGGAGAGUUAGAGAAUGUUAAGAUUUUUAAAUACAUGUAUCCAACUCUUUUAGUUAUCUUCUAAAAACAACACUGAAGCGCAUGCCAAGCUAAUAGAAAACAGAAAAAAAAUACAGUCCAUAAUUAGUUUGUAUAGUUUACAGUUUAAGAACAAACGGAAGAAUUAACUUUGUAUGUAACUCCUUACAAUGAUAGAUUCAUUGUUAACUAAUUAUAAUUAAGUUGUUGUUGCUAUGGCAACAAAACUACAACAUGGCUACCUUUGUAUACAUUAUUUGUGAAAUUUUCACAUGUAAAUUAAAAAAAAAAGUAAUGUGUAACAGUAUGGGUUUGUUUAAGGUACAGUUCAAUACUGUCGGAGAAAUAUAUGACUGAAUAUUUUUAAAAUCCCAAAGUCCCAUGUGAACGCUGGAUUUGUGUCUUCGAGGUCACUUUUUCAGUCAAAAGUUUACAACACAUGGAUUUAGAGUCAGGUUUUAUAGCUUGUAGAAAUUGUUGUGUGGGUUGGGUUAUUCCACAGUAUUUUUCUCGGUGAUCGAAAUGAGAGAAAGGGUUGCCAUGCAGUAGCGUUCGAAGCGUUAGUUUUGUCUCCAAACAGGAGAUAUUUUGGAAAACGGAAUGUGGAAUUCGGUCCUCAGAUUCCCAAAGAUCCAAACAAAAUCACGGGAACGUCGCAUUCUUCAAAAUUGAGGCCUUUGCUUUCGGUUGGACUUUAGAUCAUUAAAUCUGCAUUGAAUUUUGCAACCGUUGGCUUUUUCCCCCCCCUUUGUGAGGGAUUUCCCUAUUGAGAAACUCAGCAGAUUUUUCCAUCCUUGACGUUUUAAAAAUCAUCUGCCUAAGAAAAUCAUCUUCUAAGCCCAUGAAAUAAUGACGUCCAAAUCAGGAGGAGGAAAGAAAGACAAACCUAUAUUUUUAUUUAUAAGCAGAAAAAAGGAAGAGUUAAAAUGUAUGAGAGAGAGAGACACACACACACACCCCAAAAAAAUACUGUGGAAUAACUCUGUGACAGUGUUGAAGAAACCAAUAUGCUGCAGUUAAACUGAUUCAGUUGGUGUACGAAUGUGUGAGAGAAGUCUUUUUGCACUUAUGUACAUAGUCCACGAAAGAAAUCCUUGGAACUUAUUUUGAAUAUAUUAAAAAAAAAAGUCUGUAAUAAUACAAGGUAAAGUUUGUAAAAGAGAUUACUAAGGCUUUGAAAAGGAAGAGAUUUUUUGCUAUAAAACUUAUCUGAACGCAUGAAGUUGCUUUUGCUGUUCUUCAAGCUUUGUAGUUUGCCAUAUAGUUUGUAAUACAGCGGACUGGUCACUUCAACCUGCAGCUCAGAAGAAAACUCCAUAUGGGAAACAAAUACUUGACUUCAAAAUCAGGGUCACCCGCAAAGGUUCCUCCAAGAUUAUUUUCUAGCCACCGCUUUGGGCCUUCCGAGAGGAGAGCCUGCUCCAAAGCAGAGUCCUUUCGUCAUUCAUUCAUUUAUUCAUUCAUUCCAGGCUAGGUUUUGAAAUACCAGAACUUGCCGCUGGAUAGAUCAUCUGUUCCAUCUGUUUCACCCUUAAACAAAUCCAAAUUGUGGGUCUGGUUCACUUGACUCUCUCAACUAAGGCCAGCUCGUGCUGGCUGAGGGAUUCUGGGAAUUGGAAGUCCACAAAAUAUUAAAAAGUUGCCAAAUUUGGAGACCCCUGGCUUAGGUUCUCCCAAACACCGAGGUCCUGAGAAUGGCUUUGCACAGAAUGUGGACGGGAGGCAGUUGACCCCACAAGCCAGGUCCAGUUUUUAAGACGAGGGAACCUUUGCAUAGGAACCUUGUCACGAUUUUUGAAUAGAACACAAUAACAAAGUUGAAGGGACCUUGGAGGUCUUCUAGUCCAACCCCCUGCUUAGGCAGGAAACCCAACACCACUUCAGACAAAGGGUUGUCCAACCUCUUAAAAACAUCCAGUUUUGGAGCAUUCACAACUUCUGAAGGCAAGUUGUUCCACUGAUUAAUUGUUCUCAUUGUCAGGAAAUUUCUCCCUAGUUCUAAGUUGCUUCAGUGAUCAAUGCCACAAAAAAAUGUACUUUUUUUCCUGUGUGGAUGUGCACAAUGUUAUCUGGAAAGAUGCGCAGACUGGUAUGAAGUGCAAGGUCAGGUGCAUGUGCUAGCCAAAAAUGGAUAGAUCACAAUGGACUUAACCCAGUUUUAACAUGAAAAAGCACUCCAAACUAGGGGUUGCAAAGAGAGAGAGAGAAAGAGAAAUCUUGGUCUAGCUGAGAUGUGAGGUAAGGCUUUAUGGGUGAGUUGGGCGGCUAUAUAACCUUGUUUAAUAAAUGAUAAAAUAAACACACGUGCCAUUGAGCCCUCACUGCCAACGCCCAAUAUUAACCUUAGCACCAGGCUUUAAAAGUCCAAGAAACUUUGGCCAACCUAGGCGUCCUCCAGUUGGGUUGACUUUCAACAUUCCGAAGCAGAAGCUGGGCUGGUUGGGGAGUACCGUAGAAGAGUUGAAGUGCCACCUGAUCAAAGGAGGAAACACAUCUCCUGAAGGCCCCUUCCCUCAGCCAAAGACCCAUCUGCAGGUCCCUCGGCUGGGGGAAGAGGUCUCUUGGGGGUGGGUGUCCUUUGAUUGUAAGUGGAGGGAGAGAAGCCCCCUCCCCUCCUCCCAGCAAGCCCAGGAAACCUUUGCUGGUGACCCUCAAGGCCACGUGUCCUACAAUCAGAAGCUUCAGGCCUUCCAAAGGUGGCCACGCAAAACAAUCCCCCAAACUGCCAACAGAUCAUAACGAUUGAAAUGUUCCCCCCCCCCCAAAAAAGGGGGUCUUUUUUCCAAACACACAACAGAGGGAAAUCGCCUGACGUAGAAUUUACAUGGUUUCAGAUCUUUGUUACUGUACACAGAUGCUAUUUGAUAGUUGGGGAAGCCAAAUGAUUUUGUUGCCAUGGCUCUUGGUAUCCAAACAGCUGAGGGGACGACUUCUUCUGUUGUCUUCACAUGGGGAGGGGAGGAUGGGUUUCGUUUUACAAUCACCAGGACCAAAAAGAAAACCUUCCAAAAUUCAGAAUUGCCAAAACAAACCUAUUAUUGUGGUGAGGGAGACUUUUUUUUUUUUAAUAAGGGAGGCCAGAUUUUAGUGCAGAAAUGUGAAUUCUGCUACCAUGAAAUCCAUGAUCAGCAGCAGGUUUUUUUGUUUUUUGUUUUUUAAGCCAGAAAACCUUAAUCUUUGUCCAGGUUUUAAAUGCUUAAUUUAGACUUUUGCACGAAAUCAAGAGGAGGAGGGGUGUUUUUUUUUUUAUCCUAAAGUCUAAUUUUUGUAAUUAUUUGGAUUAAUUUGACUUGAGUCUCUCUCCCGUCCCCUCCCCCCAAAAAAACCCUGCCAAUUUUGAAAAUUUGAAAAUUAAAAAAAGAAGAAGCUAAAAUGGUUGAAUAAAAAAUAUAAUCUUGUAGGGACCAAAAGGAGACUCGGUAGAAAUCCGUUGAUUCGCUUUCAAUCUGGUUCCAUCGUGAUGCAAAUCCAGAUUAGUUCCAGUCUGUAAAAUUCAAGGCCAACAAGAAGAGAUCCUUCCCUCAGUUGUUGUGGACGGAAUAUAUGCUUUGAUGUUUUUAUUUUUUUCCUUUUCGCCACAUUUAUAUUGCUAGAGUGCUUGUUUGUGCUUUCUAGAAACAUUGCAUAAUGCAACUCAUUUUACUAUGUUACUUCUAUAUUGUUAUUGUUUAUUUUUUUUCCUCCCGGAUCUUUUAAUAAAGUGUAUAAAAUUC